AUGUUUUGGCAUCAAACUAACGAAAGAACGUUUCGCAUAAUUUUAAGCCUUUUUCUUCGUGCGUUUUUUUUUCUACCCGUCUGCUAUGGCUUCGCUGUAUCCAAUGGGGACCGCAGCCUAAUUCCCAAUGGCCCGUGGACAAAACAAAACAACCCAUGCGGAGUGAAAAGAAUAAGCCCGAUUAAGAUAAACGGGAAAAGUGGGAAGAAACUUUACUCCAUAAAAAUAACCCAUUUAACAGAAAAUAAAAUCCCAGAGGAGUACUUCAAGUAUAACCUUCCUCCCGAGCCGAUAUACCCUUACAUCACCGUGCCUAAUAAUUUAUACACAAGGCAAAAAAAGGAUGAGCAUGCCGAUGGAGAGAAUCCCCCAAAUGGAGGUAACAAGCUGGAUGGUGAAGAAUACCCAGACAGUGCGAUAGAGAUAGGAAAGAUGUCCUCGGAGGAAUUCUCAAAAUUGAAUGAAGAAAAAAAAAAAAAAAUGAAAGCUUUGCCUGAAGCAACUAUUGAGGAUUACAUUGAGGAUACGAAUUUUAGGAAGUAUAUCCAUCCGUGUUUGGUUAAAAAAGUUUCUGGAAAGGAUAGACAGAAGAUACAUCACUCUCUGUUGUCCCUUAUCGACCCCAAGGUAGAAUAUUCCAUGGUAGAUUGCUUUGAUGAAAAUGAUGAAGAAAAUGAUUUAACCGAAUAUGACGCAACGUUCAGGGGAAUAGCACCUUGGCCCAGCACGGAUGAACUAAGAAGGAAUGAUAACGACUACCAAUUUGAGAAAACAGAUCUGGAGGUGGAGUACAACAUAACGUAUGACAAAACGGGGUACCGGGAGUUUAGGAAUAAGCUGCUUGCGGAACAGUUGCACGAUGGUGGAAGGGAGGGAAAUAGGGAAGGAGAUGAAACGAGCACCGAGCCGGGAGAAGCAACUAAUGGGAAGAAAUACCGAACCGAUGGAGAACCACUUGGUGGUCAGGCGAAUGUAGAUGCCCCUGCUACUGUAUCCGUGGAAGACAUAAGAAAAUUGUACUUCAAGAAGGAGAUAAAAACGCUGAGGGAGGCGAAGGAAGAAAUGGCAAAAUGGGAAGAACGAAAAGAAUCCUCAAGGAGUACAUGGACAUUGACAGAGGACGAACUGAAGUUACUCCCCGAUAAGUUCAGGAAACUGUACGAGGAGAAGAGAAGGGAGAAGUUGGAGAAAUUAAAGGAGGACAAGCGGAAGGAGGAAGCGAAGCGGAGGGGGGAGUUGCAGGACGAGUUCUCCUUAUGGGAUGAGAAGGGGCUAUCGAGUAUUGAGAAGUUGCGCGGAGAGGAGUGCGGCGAAAUGAGGUGUGAAGAGAGCACCGAUAGGAACAGUGAAAGCACCGUAGAUGUGGUGCCAAACGGAGGGGAAUCUUCCCCAACGAAUGGAGAGCACAAUCUCCAAAAUGUUAGAUUACUUGAAGAAAACGUACUAUAUACAAAGGCCAAGUCACCCGUGGAAAAUAUGUUAUACGAGUGGGACGAUUCGCUGAAUUGUAAAUGGAGAAAGAGAGCUGAAGAAGUGAUACGUGAUGUCAUCAUGUAUGAUUAUCCUAUGAAGGAAGUUAGGAGACCAUCCAAAUUAGAUAUUUACGAUGUGACAUGGUAUGCAGGGAAGGUAGAAGUGUUUGUCAUUCCAGACGAGACGCAAGGAAAAAAUUACAAAAUAACUUUAUUCGACUUGAAACAAUUAGUGAAAAAAAUAGCAGAAAGAUUAAAGGAGCUUGAAAUAGAUGAAGAAAUUAUUAUUUUGCCAUUUUUUGAGUUAGUCGUUUCAUCUCUUCCGAGUAAAAAUAUCCUUGUGUGUAGGAGGGACUGGUGUAGUAAUGCUGGAAAGGAAGUCACCGUUUUUUUUAAGGACAAUAUAUUUCCUCCAUUGGAAGGUAUACUUCUAGGAUCCCCUAGCGUCUUUCACCUAAUUAUAAAUGUUAAUUAUGAGCGCAUAGAAAAUUUGGAUGUUCACACUAUCGAUAAGGUGAUUCUUAAAGACAGCAAAGAUGAACUUCGGGGCCACAUUGUGCUUAAGGCUGGUAUGGAGAACAAAGUAGGAGAAAAAUCCGACUCAGUUGGAGAGUCAGCCCCUAGUGGAGGAGACUCAGAAAGGGAAAAUUUACUUGCAUCUGAAGGAGACCCCCCAAUUGAUGCACCUCUGAAUGGGCAUGACGACGAUGGUGAUGAUGACGAUGAAGGGAUAAUGACCAGGAGGACAGGAUUCGAUGAACUGCAGAAGUUAAAGGAUAUCGAGCGCGUGGGCGCUAAUUCGCUAAAUGCUAGUCAGAUUCGCACUAAUCAGCUCCGUAGGGACGACGCCGAUCAGGUUGGGGGUAAAGGCGGCACACGUACCGAUCUGGACGGUAUCAGGCCGGUUAGUAGCAUUAAUCGGUUGGGCGAUGAUGAAGACGCAGAUAGGGUGCAAAAGCAGGGCCUCGAGGAGAAUGAAGAGGAAGAUGAUGAUGAAGAUGAUGAUGACGAAUCCUACGAUGACGUCGCUGAUGAGGGGGACAUGUACGGGGUAGAUGAUGAUGGAGAUGACUCAGAUGGGGGGGACAUCUACGGGGAGGACGAGGAAGAUGAUUACCUGUCAGAGGAGUGA